AUGCCAGAUACAGCUGAGGAUGAAGACUCGAAAGAAGCAAUGGACAUCGACGAGCAAAGCGAAGUGGAUCCCUUGGAAGCAUUCAUGGCGCAAAACUCUACUGCUCUCGCUGCACCCGUUUCUGUCAACACUCGGUCUGCACAAGACGUACUCAACGAUGCUUCAGAUAGGGAAGACGCCGUCGGUUCAGAUCUGGAGGAGGACAUUCUCGCCAUCGCCGCUCGUAGAGCUGCGCAAAAGAAGAAAGAUUUUGCCACGGUGGAUCAUGCAAAAGAGAACUACGAGCCCUUCAGGAAAGAAUUCUACAUUGAGCCUCAAGAGCUAGCCCAUCUGACGGAAGAAGAGGUGGAUGCCAUGCGGCUUGAACUGGAUGGCAUUGUUAUUCGUGGCAAGGACUGUCCCAAGCCCAUGACACACUGGGGCCAAUGUGGUCUCUCUGCCCCAGUUGUUGAGACUAUUCGUCGCCUUGGCUAUGACACACCCACUUCGAUCCAAGCGCAGGCCAUUCCAGCCAUCAUGGCAGGAAGGGAUGCCAUCGGCGUAGCCAAGACUGGAUCAGGCAAGACAGUCGCCUUUCUGCUUCCCAUGUUUCGACAUAUCAUGGAUCAGCGUCCUCUAGCCAAUGGCGAGGGCCCAAUCGCUAUGAUUAUGACACCUACGCGCGAGCUGGCUGUACAGAUCCACAAGGAGUGCAAACCAUUCAUCCGUGCACUCAAUUUACGUGCCAUCUGCGCUUACGGCGGUCCGCCCAUCAAGGAUCAAAUAGCAGAACUGAAGCGUGGCGCCGAGAUUGUUGUCUGUACACCUGGACGCAUGAUUGACUUGCUGAGCGCUAAUCAAGGCCGCGUCACCAAUCUCAAGCGUGUCACGUACUGUGUGCUUGAUGAAGCAGACAGGAUGUUUGAUCUCGGCUUUGAGCCUCAAGUCAUGAAGAUCCUCAACAACAUUAGACCUCAGCGGCAAACGGUCUUAUUUUCUGCAACAUUUCCCAGAACUAUGGAGGCACUUGCUCGUAAAAUUCUUCGUGGCAAGCCGGUCGAGAUUACAGUUGGCGCACGCAGCGUUGUGGCUCCAGAAAUUACGCAAAUGGUCGAGGUCCGUCCAAGAGAUCCAGAUCCGCAAAAGUUCAAUCGCGUCCUUGAGAUUCUCGGCGAGCUGUAUAAUCGUGACGAGGACGCUCGAACGCUCAUCUUUGUUGAUCGUCAAGAAGCAGCAGACAACUUACUUGCACAGCUUAUGCGCAAAGGCUAUCCGUGCAAUUCGCUUCAUGGCGGCAAAGAUCAAGCGGAUCGCGAUAAUACCAUUUCUGACUUUAAAGCAGGCGUCUUUCCCAUCAUGAUUGCGACCUCGGUUGCAGCUCGUGGUCUGGAUGUUAAACAGCUCAAGCUCGUCAUCAACUACGACUGUCCGAACCACAUGGAAGAUUACGUGCAUCGUGUAGGUCGCACAGGGCGUGCAGGCAAUAAGGGUACAGCUAUCACGUUUGUGAGUGAGGAUCAGGAACGCUAUGCCGCCGAUAUUGCCAAAGCUCUACGUCUCAGUCAAGUUGAGAUUCCAGAGCCUCUCAAGAAGCUGUCGGACGCAUUCUUGGAGAAGGUCAAGGCUGGCACGGAACGUCAAGGUGCAUCUGGCUUUGGCGGCAAAGGCCUUGGCAAGUUUGACGUGAGCCGCGAUUUGGCCAAGAAGGUGCAGCGUAAGAUCUAUGGCGAAGAGGAUGAUCAAGAGGAUGAGGACGAGCAAGCGAAAGAGGAGCGUAUGCAAAAUGAAGCACUCGCUGAUACGGAUCGCGUCAAUCCCGAGGAAGCGGCUGCUGUUCAGGAUCUUGGCAGUUCCGCCGUGGCAGAUGCUCCCAUCAAAGUGGAGCGCGUCUCUGCCUCUUCUGCAAAGCUGCGGCCUGUAGCUCGCAAGGAUACGCGCUCGCUCGACCCUGUUGCUGCUGCCAAGGCUCGUAUCGAGGCCAUCAACAAUCGCCUCAACUUGGGUGGUGCAGGCAAGGCAGUAACACCAGAAGUCAAGGCAUCCAACAACCUCGACGCGGGCGACUUCCGUGCUAUGAUGGAGAUCAAUGACUAUCCUCAAAAGGCGCGCUGGAACGUCACCAACCGGACCAACAUUGCAAAAGUGCUCGAGGCGACUGGAACGUCCAUUACGACUCAGGGACAGUACGUCAAGCCUGGCUCGACUGCUGUGGAGGGCGUGCCGAAGCUUUACUUGUUGAUUGAAGGGCCGUCGGAGGAGACGGUGGUAGAGGCUGUCAAGGAGUUGCGGCGGCUGUUGAGCGAGGGCACCCUGGCAGACGACGGUGGCACACGGUACAAGGUCGUGUAG